AUGGUUUUGUAUUACGCCCCGCGUCGCGCCGCGGAGACCUCGCACGUCGUCUACGUGGGCGCGGAUAAACACGAGAAUGAACGGCUCAUCGCGCACGGAUUGCCCCACGACGUGUGGUUUCACGUCGACGCGCUGAGCAGCGCGCACGUGUACCUGCGGCUGAGACCGGGAGAGACCUGGGACGACGUCGCGGAGGACGAGCUGGAGGACUGCGCGCAGUUGGUCAAGGCGAACUCGAUCGCGGGGAAUAAGAUUAACGAUGUGUGGGUGAUUUACACGCCGUGGGAGAAUUUGUUGAAGCGCGGGGACAUGGCGGUCGGGCAGGUUUCAUUCGUGGAUGAAAAGUUAGUGCGGAGAACCAAGGUGAAGACGCGGAGCAAUGAGAUCGUGAAUCGAUUGAAUAAAACAAAGGAGGAACGUUUUCCUGAUUUGCAGGCGGAGAAGGAGGAGUACGAGCGAGGGGUUCGGGAGGAGAAGAAGCGGGCGUAUCACGAGUCGGAACGAAGGAGAAAGGAAGAGGAGCGUCUGCGGCUCGAGGAGGCCGAGGCUCGGGACUAUAAGCACAUGAUGAACGAGGAGAAAAUGAAGAGUAAUAAAGAGUUGGCGAAGAAGUACGCGUCGGUGGAGGAAGCGGAGGAUGAUUUCAUGUGA